AUGUACCUCUCAUUGGUACAGUUAGCCCCAGAUGAGCAUCUGUCCCUGGUGGAGAUCAAGGCCCUGCUCCCCCGGAGGCUGGGGGAGAGGCUGGAGGAUGUGAGGGCAGCGUUCAAGGCCCUGGACCCCGAGGGGAGCGGCUCAGUGACCCGGGGGGAGUUCAGACAGGUGGUGGAGGCCUUCCUCUUCCCCCUCACGCAGACCCAGCUCAACGCCAUGCUGGCCAAGGUGUCUAAGAGAGACAGUGUAACGGUGGACUACAUGGACUUCCUGAGGAGGUACAGCAGGGUGACUACAGCACAGAGACCCUACAGCUCUACAGCCUCCUCUACAGCACAGAGACCCUACAGCUCUACACCCUCCUCUACAGCACAGAGACCCUACAGCUCUACAGCCCCCUCUACAGCACAGAGACCAGACACCUCUACAGCCUCCUCUACAGCACAGAGACCAGACACCUCUACAGCCUCCUCUACAGCACAGAGACCAGACACCUCUACAGCCUCCUCUACAGCACAGAGACCCUACAGCUCUACAGCCUCCUCUACAGCACAGAGACCAGACACCUCUACAGCCUCCUCUACAGCACAGAGACCAGACACCUCUACAGCCUCCUCUACAGCACAGAGACCCUUCAGCAACACCAGGUGUGUCUCUGGAUCAGACCAGAGGGGUAUGACCCUGACUGAGAUACAGCAACGCCUCAAACACAAGAUUGGGAGCAACCUGAAGAAUGUAAUCCGGGCCUUUCGUCUGUUCGACUACAACCGAGACGGACAAAUCCAGCAACACGAGCUGCGCAGGAUACUGGAGAGCUACUGCUUCCCCUUAUCACAGAGAGACUACCAGAGACUGUGGACCCACCACAGCCCUAACAACAUGGCAACUAUGUCCUACAAAGUGUUCCUGGAGAAGCUGGGCCUGGAAUCUAACAAGUACAGGAAGUUUGUCCCGGAGCCUCCAAAGCUAGCAUUGGGCUGGCAAGAAAUUAGUCCUCCAGACAAGAUAAAACUGAGGAACAGAGCCGUGUCCCAGAAUGCAACAGGAGAUACACAGGAGAGCCAAGGCCUGACUCAAGACGAGCUGCAGACGCUCUUCCUGAAAAAGUUGUGUGUGAGCUGUACCCUAGUGUGGAGAGCAUUGCAAGCGUUUGAUGUCACCCACUCUGGACUGGUGCCACAGGAAGACCUGAGGGCCGUCCUCAGCAGCUUCCUGUUUCCCAUGAGCCUCAGCACCUUCCAGAGCCUGACCUGCCGUUUUGGGGUGAGAGCAACAGGGCCUGUGAAAUGGAAACAGUUCCUGGGUCAGUUUCAGGGUCCAGUCACAGAGGAGGACAGCACCACUCCUCAAACAGACAGGGUUCCUGAGCUACCUGACGCAGAGGAGGGCCAUCGGCGUCUGACAGAGUUCUACCCUAUACUGAAGAGAGCCUUUAAACAGUUGGACAGGGGUAGGAUAGGGAGGAUCACCAGGGCAGACCUUCGUCAGGCUUUGGAAGUCCCCCGGUAUAACCUGAGGGGUCCCCAGAGCUCCUGGUCCAGCCGCAGGGAGCCCCACACCCCCAGGCCCCGUCUGAGCCCAGCCCAGGUCAGAGAGCUCCUGAUCCUGCUGGACCCAGAGCACACUGGAGUCAUCACUCAGCCCAGCCUGGAGCUGCUCAAACCCAGGAGGGUGCACUCUUCCCCGGGGAGGGAGACACUACACACCCCUACUGGAGGACGGAAAGAGGAGGUCAUGGAGGAUGUGGCUCAGGUGAAGGGCUUGCUGCGUGAUAAGCUGAGUGAUCAGAUAGGUCCCAUGCUGGAGGCUUUAGGGGACUGUGACCCUCGACAGACAGGAUCUGUUCGCCAUGAAGACCUGAGAAGGAUCAUACAAUGUUACGGCCUGCCCCUCUCACACACACAUUUCAACAAGCUGUGUGAGGCUGGUUUAGACCCAGGGUCAUGCAGGGUCAGGUACAGACAGUUCCUCAGGGCCCUGGGCCUGCCUACAGGAGAGACACAGACAGGCACUAUACACUACCCCCGCAAGGUCUCUGGCAGACUGAACUAUCAAUCCCAGAAUGCCUUGGUGAACAACAAGCCAGUGCGUUCCCCCAGCGCCACUGUGGGGGGUCCAACGGUUCACAUGGUGGAGAACAUUAUGUUUAGCAAGCUCAAAGAGAGGCUGGACCACAGACACGUUACCCUCGACGACCAUAUCCGGGCAACGGCCAGAAGCUCAGAUGGAAUGGUGUCGUUGAGCGAUCUAAAGAAGAUACUGGAUGACAGCGGUAUCACCUUGGAUGAGAAGCAGUUCCGCAAGCUCAAAGUAUCGCUUGGUUUCAAAGAUGGAAAAAUGUCCUGUUCGGCUUUCCUGGAUAAGUAUGAUGAGAACCAGGCCAGAGAGCAGAACCAGGCCUCGGGGGGUAACCGUGGUAACCUGCGGGCUAAGCCACGCCUCCUGACAGCGGAGGACUGCCUCGGUGUGAUCAAAGAGAGGAUCGAGAACAUCCACGGGGACAUCCUGUCAGCGUUCCGUGUGAUGGAUAAGAACUGUGACAGCGUGGUGGACAGGCAUGACUUCAGAGAGCUGUAUGACAGUCUGGGCCUGGUCAGCAAGGAGAGAGAGUACCAGCGCCUGCUGCAGCUGCUGGGCCUGCAGCCUGGAGCCAACCUCAACUACCCAGAGUUCUUCACCCUCGUCCAAUCCAGCGGCAAGACCCGCAGGCAGAAUUUCAAGCCAGCCAAUGGGCCAGACCAACUGCAUGACCACCUGGUGUCCAACGCACGCCACAGAUGGACUGAUAUGUCAAAGGUGAUUUGUCGCUUUGAUGAAGAUGGUCAGGGUCUGGUCUUUAAGAAGGACCUCAGAAGUCUCCUCUAUACCUACGACCUCCCCAUCAGUCCUGAUGAGUUUGAGGAACUGUGGGCCAGGUAUGAUGGAGAAGGGCGUGGCUACCUCACCUGUGCUGCGUUCCUAGAGAAGCUGGGCGUGGAUCCACAGGAGGUGGGACAUGCGAGGAAGGAUGCAGACACCACUCCCAGAGAUUGUCUCCCUGCAGGGGCUACGCUGCAGGACGUUGAGCGCGUGGUGCAGGGUAACUGUGAGGGGUUGAGCAGUGCUCUGACCCGCCUGGAUAAGAAGAGAGAGGGCCUAGUCAGGGUGGAGGACCUAAAGAGUCUGCUCCAGAGAUACAACUGUCCCCUACACAGACACCAGCUCACCCACCUCCUACACACACUCAAGGUUCCAAUGGACAGUGAGGACAGGACGUUGUCAUAUGUGGACUUCCUGAAGGCAUUUGACCACGUGACAGGGAAGGGGUGUGAGCACCCCCCUAGGCCCUGUGGAUCCCCUGACCCAGCCGAGAGUCUGGAGUGGCUCAGUCCUGAAAGAGCUGCUGGUAGGAUACGGGAACUGGUCACUGCAUCGAUGGAUAUCCUCCACAAGGCCUUCUCUGCCUUCGACAGGAGUGGGAACGGGACGGUCACCCCUCUGGAGUUCCGGCGGGUGCUGGACCAUUUUUGUGCCCACCUCUCGGACCCCCAGUUCAGAUUCCUGCUCGACAGAAUGAAACUGAACUGGGAGAACCACACGGUGUACUGGAGAGACUUCCUCAACCAGUUCAACCUAUGCAACCUGGACGUGUGUGACUGGGUCUGUGUGUGUGUGUGGGGGGGGUCCAUACUCUGUGUUUAUACGUAGGCUGUGCAUUAUGCAUCUGUUUUUAUUUGUUGCGUGUGUAUGCAUCUGUGUGUGCAGACCCCUGAGGAUUGGUCAGACAGAGUGGGUAAGGCAGGUUUACCCGCCCAGCCCCAGCCUCUGCCAAUCAGUGAGGAAGUUGUCUCCGCCUGCCUGUACACCAUCACCAAGGAGAUAGUGGACUUAGACCACACCCAUAACAACACCAUCUCUAAAGAGGACUUCAGAAUGAUGUGUGACCGCCAUUUCAUGAGGCUCACCUGUGACCAGUUUGAGAGGGUGUGGGAGAAGCUGCCAGUGAAUGUGCUGGGGGAUCUGGAGUACAGGGAGUUCCUGAAGCACGCCAGGGGAACUGUUGGGAUAAGGGACAAGACCACAGACCCAGUGGACAUCAGUCCCCUGAAAUCUGCAUCACCACCAUCCCCUGGGCUCAUAGAUAUGAUGUCAUCAUCACCACCAUCCCUUGGGGCCAUAGAUAGGAUGUCAUCAUCACCACCAGCUCUACAGAGGCCAAAGUCUACAGGCAGCAACCUCCAACGCUCAAAGUCGGAGGUGGGAGUGUCCAGCAGGGCCAGGCGUCCGUCCACGGCGGGGGGAGAGAGGGAGAGCCCCCUGGUGGACUGUGAGGAGGUGGAGAGAAGGCUGAAGGGGGAGGUGCAGCGCUGCUGGAGGGACAUCCAGAGGAGGUGCAGGGAGGAGGACAGAGAGAGAGACGGAGAGAUCAGCACACGCUGCUUCCUGGACAUCCUGCAAAGCCUCAACGUCAGUGUGACCCAGAAGGAGCUUGAUCGGCUGGCCGUAAAGUUCGACAUGAAGGACAGUGGGCGCGUGUCAUAUCCUGACUUCCUACGUCACUUCCUCCUCAACUUCAAACCGCCAGCAGUCAGACAGCCCUUUGAGCGGCCCAAACUACCUCUCCCCACUACACCGAUGAGUGGGGGUGUUCUCAGUAGACAGUGUGUGGAAGCCAUGCUGAGGCUCUAUGACCCGGUCCAGCAGGUCUGGCGCUCCUUGAGGCAAAACUUUGUUACCUUCGACCACAACCGCAGUGGCAAAAUCUCUAUCAAGGAAUUCAGAAAGGUACUAAGGCAGUUCAGAGUGAACCUAUCCGAGGAGGAAUUCUUCCACCUCACCUCUUUCUUUGACAAGAACACUACGGGGAAGAUCUCCUACAAUGACUUCCUACGGGGCUUCCUACACUGACCUCUAACCUCUGCCCUCUAACUAUGGCCCUACUGUAGGCUCCUGUGAAGGUUUAGCUAGUUAUCACUGAUAAAUCAGUCCAUAUUGAUCGCUAUAAUUUUACUGUACCACUGAGUGAAGGAGGGAUACACAGAAUUAUUACAAAAUCAUGUCAUGUAAAUUUAAACAUAUAAAGUGAUAUAUUAUAUAAAAUAUAUAUUUGAGGGUUUUCUCCCAAUAUCUUCCCCUGGCAUAUCUACAGCUUUUUCUCCCUCUAGCAUACCGAUUUAUCUCCCUGCUGUGUGACUUUAUGAUACUGAUUGCUUUCCGAACCAAACCCAACCAAAUAAAGUGCUUUUGGAUGAUGUACGGACUGUCUUUGUUCCCAUCUGACGGGAAACGAAAUGGAUGACAAGGAGAAGGAGAGGGCGUUUGUCAUUCAUGAGAUAGACAGCAUCACCGUUGCAAGACAGAACCCAGAGAGAGAGAGAGAGAUCAUUAUCUAAAUAAUCUACAGAAAGAUGGAGAGAGAGUGAACAACGGAAGGGGCCAAUGGAGAUGGAGUGUGAGACCAUGGAAAGAUAGAGAGGGAUGGAUAGAAGGAAAAUAAAGAGAGAGAGGAGAUGGGAGUCUACAUGAUAGGUACUAUAUUAAUGGUGUAAAGCGAAAAGCCAUCCGCAAAUAAAUUACCCCAUCUCCUC